UUCUAUCCUCUUCAACUCUCACUCUUUUCAAUACUCACAACUUGAUAUCUGGAAUACUUCUGCCCUGUAUAACAUGAGAAAUCGCAUACUCAACGAUUCCAAAGAAGCCACAUCAUAUGUGAACAAGCACGUGUGGGAUAGGGGAAAGUUCUUGCUGGCGGUUGACGUCGAGGUGAUAACGCCUAACUUCGCCGAUAUGCCACUGGGCAGCGACCUUUCGACGCGCAACAUUCAGCAGAUUCAUAGGCCAAAACUGCAUAACAAGGCUGAUAGAAGGUUUGCGGAAGCCAUAGUAACGAGAGUGGAAAAGGAACGCAUGAAGCUACUUCGUGAACAGCAUAAGAACUUGGUGGUACUUCUCUUGCGGAUGGUCGAGACGAAACCGAAAUCAAAUACACUCAUUUUCGAUUUUGAGAAUAAACGAGAGACUUCUGCCGAUUUGGUUACCAAGCAAGUGGAUGUGGGCGAUCUGCAGGCUGAACGUGUGGAAAUCAAACGUUUUAAGAUCAACCGAGCAAGAGACGAUAUUCUCAGCUCCAAACGAAACGCCGGGGACGCUCGACGCGGAAAUCCCACUUGACCUGUCUUGAGCCGUGCGCUAGCCGUCGAACACUGUGCUCUUGUACGCGACGCUAUCAUAGAGGAUUCGACCGUCGACACAAUCAUCCACGAAGACGACAUAGACGGCAAUACUGUCGCACGUUUCAUCGCGUGCUUCUUGGUUCAAUCUGCCUACUCACGAUGUGGUCGAGAUCUCAGACGCAGGUCACCAGGGUCUGCUGGCCACAAAGAUAGAGUGGUCUAUGAAAGAACUGAAAGAUCUUUACAUGUUCGCACAUGCAAUGGAAGAUUCCGACGUGUGCGACAUGGUCAUUGACCAAAUUCACGAGGAGCUACAUCACCCCUGGUAUUGCCUAAGACGCUCCACAAC